CACCUAUCCUGCAAUACAUCAGCACUUAAUUUAGUUACAUCGUAGCUUGUACAGAACAAGCGGUGGACAAGCCACCUGAACUGUACUCGGGACAGGAUGCCUGGCGACCCAAAGCCCACAGGAAAUGUGGGGUGGUUCGGAAUAUGCGAUCGCAUUAAUUCAAAACAAGUAGCUGUUAUUUGUAUAAUAACAACAGUCAUCCAAACGGUUGCGUUCCUAGUUCUGAUAAUAGCAUUGGCUGCUGUCAGUACAUCUUUAACAAAACCUCAAGAAACCUUAACAUGCAUUCCUUGCGACGAAAUGAAGUCCAACGCUAACACAAACCUAGGCCCAGAAGCUGCUGGUCGUCUUGCUAUCAAACAAAGAUACGAUGGAAUGUGUUGUGGACCAGUUGAAUGCAUUACUCAGAUAUUGUUUCAAAUGGAAAUGGCAGCUCAGUAUCACUACGGCAGUUCUGGUCAAAGUCUCAUUGACAUAGCAGAAGAAUAUGCUGCCUGUGAAAGAGUUACAAACGACAUGCAGCCCAUUGCUAAAGCAGUUGGAAUUGUGGAGUUCAAACCUAGCGACAUUGUAGAUGGUCAUCAGAAGGUCCUGUGGAGUAAAAACCGUGGAACCUUUUACGCAAAAAACUUCAACCAUUUGGAACUCGAAGGCGAAAUAUUUAUCCGGCAGCCUGGCUACUACAUCGUUUCUUCUCAGCUGAAUCUUCGGCAACGAAAUGAGACGUGCCCACUGAAAUAUAAAACCAGACCAACACUUUUCAUUCAUCAUGUUGAUCUCCUUUCCAACACAUACGGAACGACUGGUGUCCUAAUACAAACCAUGAAAUCAAUUGAAAGAAAUUGUGGUUAUUUUACAAGUUUCCUGUCAGCGGUUUUCAAGCUGAAUAAAUAUGACAGGCUCUCUGUGUCUGUAUCCAAUCCUGAAUUGUUAGACAUUGAAAAUAACAACGAUCAUUUCCUGGUUUAUUACACGUAUGAUCUGCCAUACUGAAAUAAGAUUCAAUUACGUUUGAUUUCAACAUUGACAUUGAUUAGCAGUGUCUAUUUUUUUAUUUAAACUGCAACCUAACGCUCCCAUAAUAAUAACAUUAAUACUUAUACUAGCAAUAGUAAUAAAGCAAGUAUGUACCACUAGUGAACAAAAUAAAACUGAAUCAUUUUGUGUUUGGCUAAAGUAAUACACUAGUAUGUCAUCAUGUGUAUUUUAUAGCUUGAAAAGGUAUUGAAUGAAGUUAUAUCAUGAAUAUACAGUAUACAAUUCAGGACAUUUUUGACAAAUAUAUUGUGUUUUUGAAGUUAAUUGGGAUGUACGACAGUCAAUUGAUUUGCAUUUCGUCAAUAUAUAUACAUAUAUAUAUAAACAUAUCCCAUUGCCGCAUUUUAAGUAAGAAUUGUAUCUGUCCAACAUAU